AUGGCUUCCGAGAACAUAAAUCCCGACACAGUCUCCAAAGCCGUCGACGCGCUCCUCAAAUGGCGUCGUUCCCAAUCGGAGACUCAGAAGCCGAAACUCUUCGACCAAGACGAAGAAUUCGUGUACCUCAUCUUAACGCUGAAGAAGGUUCCGGCGAAAUCGCGCUUUAAUCCUCACAAGAUCCCUCUCCCUCACUCCCUCCUCUCGCCGUUCUCCGAACAAUGCUUUAUCUCGACGACCGGGCCAACAAGGCGCGCGUCACCAAGGCCCAGGCCCAGACCAAGAUCCAAUCCGAGUCCAUCCCCAUCGCCAAAAUCCUCAAGCUCUCUAAACUUGCCUCCGAUUAUCGCCCUUUUGAGGCGAAGCGGAAGCUCUGUGAUUCCUACGAUAUGUUUUUUGUUCAAUUCAAGUUCACCCAUCGUAUCCAACAGUUGUCUCAUCAAUUCCUUAUCAACAUGCUGCAAAGCCAGUAAAAAUUGA